CCAGUGACAGAAAUAAUCUCUUCUCUGCUCCCAGGCCAUAGCAGCUGUGAUGACGAGGAGGACAGGCUCAUGGACAAUCUGUACCUGAAAUCUCUGGAGGGCUUCGUCACAGUGGUAACGUCAGAUGGCGACAUGAUCUUCCUGUCAGAGAACAUCAACAAAUUCAUGGGCCUCACGCAGGUGGAGCUCACAGGUCACAGCAUCUUUGACUUUACCCACCCAUGUGACCACGAGGAGAUCAGAGAAAACCUUAGCCUGAAGUCAGCAGGGAGCUUCCGUAAAAAAGGCAAAGACCAGAGCACAGAGCGAGACUUCUUCAUGAGGAUGAAAUGCACAGUGACCAACAGAGGGCGCACCGUAAACCUCAAGUCAGCAAGCUGGAAAGUGCUGCACUGCACCGGCCAACUUAAGAUGUACGACAGCUGCCCAUCGCGGGUUCUCUGCAGCUACAAGGAGCCUCCGCUCACCUGCGCCGUCCUGAUGUGCGAACCCAUCCCACACCCGUCCAACAUCGACGCGCCGCUGGACAGCAGGACGUUCCUGAGCCGACACAGCAUGGACAUGAAGUUCAGCUACUGUGAUGAAAAGUAAGCAGGCACCACUAUAGCAGUAACACUGCUCAUCAAGUGUGUUUUUCUGAGCCAACACCAAAAUAAGAAUCCUUAAAUACCUCUACCAACUGCA